AUGAAAGUUCUCAUUGUAGGAGCCAGUGGGAUGAUUGGCGGCGAGGCCCUUGUUCAAUGCCUUGCCCACCCGGAAAUCUCCCAAGUCGUCGCCUUUGUUCGUCGAGAUCUGCCAGCUGACGUCGUCAACAACCCGAAGCUCAAAUGCGUUGUGAUCAAAGACUUCUCGAAGUGGCCCGAGGACAUCUUGCGGGAGCAUGCAGACGCGGUUGGCAUGAUAUGGGCAAUGGGUUCUUAUAAUGGCAACGUUGCCGCUGACCUCGACUACCCGAUGGCAUUUAUUGAAAGUAUGGCACCGGUGUUGAAGACAUUGCCAGAUCGAUCCCGUUUUCGUUGCGUCCAUCUGAGCGGGAAAUUCGUUCGACAAGAUCAAGAAACCAAGCUGUGGUUCUUGGAAACGCCGCGCAAACUCAAGGGCGUGCUAGAAACCAAAGCGCUUGCAUUUGCUGAGAGUCACUCUGCCAUUUGGCAGACAUUCAUCGUAAAGCCUGGAGGAGUUGUGCCCAGAAACCCUCUAUCUAGUGGCUUUGUAGGGAUCGCUUCUGCCAUGGGUGGUGCAGUCAUGGGCGAGAAUUGGUCUGUGAGAAAUGAAGAGUUGGGUAUCUUCAUGGCUUAUCUUGCGAUCAAUGGUGCUGAUGAGGAACCCAUUUCGGAGAAUGCCCGUAUCGUGAGGAGAGGAAGAGAGCUGCUAGCAUCUCAGAGGCAUUAA